AUGAAUUUUUUCAAUCAAUUUCCCCAGACAGACCCAACAAUUCUAAACCAAAACACUAGAGGUUACACAAGAGGUAGGGCAGCUACUGCUCCAUUCAGUUACUCUCCAUCUCCUUCUUCAUUGUCACCUUACAAGCGGAACGUAAUUACUAACAAGUUACAACAUCUUCUCUCUCAACAGGAACAACAGACUAAAGUCAACAGUAGUAACACGACUUCCAACUUCUAUACUAUCACUCAAUAUAUUCUUCAGACAUAUUUUAAAGUCGACCUCAAUUCCUUAUCAUCAUUGAAACUUAUAGAUCUAAUUGUAGAUCAAACUUAUCCUGAUUCCUUAACGUUAAGGAAAUUACACGAAGGAUCGUCAGUACAACCUUAUGAAUAUUUUAAUACAGUUUCAAGGGAUUCUGACAUUUCAAAAUGCCCACUAUUUGCGCUGGCGAUCUAUUUUAUAAUACGAUGGAGCCACCCUAACCCACCAAUUAGUAUCUAUAACUAUUCUUCAAUACCAUUACUUGAUCCAGAAUAUAUCUCAUUAGACUCAAAUCCAUUAUUAUACGGUGAAAAUCCAGAUCUAAGUAAUAUCAAUUCAAAUGUUAAAAUUGCGAGAUCAGAAUCUUUUGAACCAUCAAGAGAAUUAAUUGAUAUAGUCUUCCCUUGGCUCCCGUAUUUGAGGCAAGAAAUGUUACUUGUUGAUAGAACUAAUUAUAAAUUACAUUCGCUCUGUGAAUUAUUCGAAUUUAUGGGAAGAAUUGUUAUUCAAGAUCUAAGAUAUUUAAAUCAUCAUGCAUUGUUACUGCCGAAUAUAUUAUCGUUCAUUGCCAAUUUUAUUCCAGAUUUAUUUCAAAAUCAUCAAUUUAAGGCAAUAGAUCAAUUUGGUACUACUAAUAUUACAACAAAUGACGUCCUUACAUCUUCUAUGAGAAUUAAUGAUAAUCGGUCGUUUAUGAAUGGCAUCAAUAACGAAAACAACAAUAUUCCCAUUUCUAAUGACUAUAAGAUACCACAAGAAAUAGAAUCUAGGUUUUUGGAACUGUCAAAAAAGUUAACGGUAGAAAAUGUGAGAUUAAGUCAACAAGUUACUCAACUAAAAUCGGAACUAUCAUCGAUUACGGCCAUGUGUGACCAGAUAUUACAUGGGCAACAAGAACUAAUCCUACAAAAUAAUAAUACGAGUACUUCUAGGUCAGAUAACACUCGAGUUCCUGAGAAAGAUAGAAUUAUGAUAACAAAUGUAGAUGAUCAAGCAGAAUCUAUAAAUAAAAUAUUGGGUUCUUUGACGAAUCCUGAAUCCAAUCCUAUGGAUAUCCCACUACAUCCAUCAUCAGCAGUACCCUCCCCAUCAAUAUCAGCUUCUGAACAAGUCUUACCAUCAUCUAAUAUGGGAAUGAAAUCAUCUUAUCCUUCUCCGCUAAUCCAUCAGCAACGACACUCUCCACUACAAAAAAGGAGAUUUCCAUCUUUACCAAUUCCAACGACUAAGGUAAAAAGUCCCUUCUCACCUACACCCGCAACAUCUGAUUCGCCGUUCGCCAAACGUCAAAAGAAAGCUAAUGUUGAUAAGUUGACGCCAUCUCAAACGGCUCUUGAGGCACUAUUACCUAAUGCAUUAUCAAGUGACUUCAAUAACGAUAAACUAAACAAGAUUACAGAGCAGGUUGAAUCAAAAUCACAAGCAAUCAUUCAGAGGCGGCCUGAGCUUGUCCAAACCAAGUCCAUGUCUACACCUGCAUCUCCGUUAGCUUCCUUACCUGGUUCUACCAAGCCUGUGAAUUUCGUUAUCGGUGGGCGUGAAGACAGAGCAAAUUCAUCCUCCACUUCUGAAUCAAGUUCUGUUCAAAUCCAACCUAUCAAUAACGACAAUAGUGUACGCUCCACGAAGAUUUCCGAAAAGGAGCAUCUAUCAGGACCAGUUCCAGUGCCUGUUUCAUUCUCGAUACCAAUGAAACCUCAUAUAGGCACUAGACCUACUUUAAACAGGAAUGAUGAUUCUACCACAAGUAUGCCACUUACACCUAUCGAGUCAACUUUAUCCAAACAACCUUCUUCGUUAGAUGAGGUAUCACCAAAGACAACAGCAGAUGUAGUCACGGACACUGAUAAGAAUAAAGCAACACAGAAAAAAAUAAAUACCUUCUCAUCCAAAUCGAAUGCUUCAUCAACAAUGAAAUGGGAUGGUUCCAAUACUACUCACUCGCCAAUCAAAUUGGCUCCUUUGAAAUCCAUACCUCUAAUUACUAAAUCUACCAACCUUCCCAAACUACACAAAAUGAAUCAUACUGUUCAGCCACAAUUAUAUGCCAAUUUAGGUACGUUUCUCAAUAAAGUUAGUACAAAAUCAAAGAGAACGCCACCAUUGAAUCUAGGGAAUCCAGAAGACAAUCUUAAGAGUGGAGAGGACAGGGGCGAAGAAUAUAAAGAAACAAAAGAAUCAGUUGCGAGUAACAAAAACGGUCCAAACGAGAAUAUUAAAUACAAGCUUUCUAGAGAAAAUAAAACAAUUUGGGACCUAUAUGCUGAAUGGUUUAUUGGACUUAAUGGCAAUCCUUCUAUUAAAAAGCUAAUUGAAAAAUUUGGUUGGAGACGUUGGAAAGUUAGUGAAGAUUCCCAUUUCUUCCCGACGAGAAGAAUUAUUAUGGAUUAUAUUGAGAAUGAAUGUGAUAGAGGGAUAAAACUGGGAAGAUUUAAACCUGAUCAGUCAAGAGAAGAAAUUAGAAAAAUAAUAGUGAGUGAUUUGGAAAAGUUUAGGAUUAACAAUGGAUUGACUUUAAACUCUUUAUCACUGUAUUUUAGAAAUCUCACCAAAAAUAAUAAAGAAAUUGGAAUCUUUGAAAACUUUAAGACGUGGUCCGUGAGAUAUAUGACAGAAGAUGAGAAAGUGAAAUAUUGUAAGAGACAACAUAUUAGUACAUCAUCUUCUUCAUCGCACGCAGCAUCACGAUCUUCAGAGGCGCAACAAUCUACCAAGCAAUUAAUCGAACUUUCAGCUACACUUUUAAACUUAAAGAAAGAGAUUACGGAGACAAACUCUGAGAAGGAUAAGAAGAAAAAGAAUAAAAAGAAAAAGAAGAGCGCCAGUACGGAACCGAACUCUCAGAAGAAGAGUGAGGAUUCAGUGGAAACAGGCACCGAAAAACAGCAUGAAACAGUGGUAGGAGAUGAGAAGAAGAAAGACGAAACCAUUGACGUAGAAGCUGAAAAAAAAGAUGACAUUAUUGAGAAAUCCUCGAUUAAAGUACUGACAUCGGCCCCUCCUUCUGAUAAAUCACGUGAAAAGAUAUAUCCAAUAACUACAACAUCAACUAAUGUGACUACUACUAAUGCAUCACCAGACAAGACCACUCCAAGAUCAUCUAAUGAUCUUUCAAUUGAUAUUGAACCCGAGACUGCCAAUGUGCUAUCCAAGGGUGGAACUCCAACGGUAACCUAA